AUGCCCGCCUCGCGGUCCAGUAAUUUACCGGUAUUUUACACGUUAAAUACAUGCGACUCCGACACCGUCGAGCUAAACCAAGUCACGGGGUUCACGCGCGACGAAGAAAUCUGGUACGACGACGGAAACAUUGUGCUAGUUGCAGGAAACGUCGGCUUUCGCGUGUAUCGAGGCCUGCUUGCGAAGCGAUCCGAGGUUUUCAACGACCUCUUCACCGUUCCGCAGCCCCAGGACAGCUGGCUCGUCUAUGGCUGCCCAGUUGUUCAUCUCUCUGACACUCCCGAUGCCCUCAGAGAGCUUUUGGGUGUACUGUUGUGUGGCAAGAGGUAUAUUUGGAGGAGCGAUAUCGAACUGGACCUUCUGUCUUAUCGAAUCCGUCUAGCACACAAGUACGGUAUCGAAGACCUCUUGGCGGAGUCCGUACGGCAGCUCAAGCAACUUUUCCCGGCGACCCUCGACGCCUGGCGCGAUCUUGAGCGGCACGACUCCCCGCGAGCCAUCACCGCCAUCAAUUUAGCUCAUCUUACCAACACGCCUUCCGUCCUGCCAUCCGCGCUCUACGUAUGUUGCCUACUUGCCAACCACCACCUGCUUGACGGUGCACCUCACCCGGACGGCACUGUCAAUAUGCUCGGCCGGGAAGACCUGCUGAGGUGCAUGAAGGCAAAGGUCCAGUUCGUCCGCCGCCUAACCAAUGAUAUACACAACAUGUCCCUCCCCGCUGCGAACAUCGCCAACUGCACCUCCGCGGGCAUGUGUUCCCUCGCUUUCCACAACUUCAAGAACGCUGCCUUGCCGCGUUACGACCUGCUAGACACUUUCAGGAAGCGCGAAUACAACGUCAAUUAUACAGCCCUCUGCGAAGCCUGCAUCGCCCUCCUACAGUCGAAGAUGGCGCAGUCCGAGGAGAAUCUGUGGGCUAAGCUCCCAAGGUUCUUCGACCUCCCAGUCGACAAAACCUGGGACCAGGAGGACUUCGACUCGGAGGUUGAGUGA